GCUGAUCAGAGGGAAAUGCAAGUUCCGGGCACUGAUGAUCAGUGCCCUGAUGAUCGGUGCCCAGCAGUGCCACCCGCAAGUUCCGCCCACCUGUGCCCAGCAGUGCGCCCACUAGCCCCGCCUACCUGUGCCCAGCAGAUCACCCACCUGUGCCCAGCAGUGCACCCACCUGUGCCCAGCAGUGCCACCUCUGCAGUGUCACACACCUGUACCCAGAAGUGCCACCCACCUGUGCCCACCACCUGUGCCCACCACCUGUGCCCACCCACCAGUGCUGUCCACCAGUGCCACCCACCAGUGCAGCCCAGCAGUGCUGCCAGUCAGUGCCACCAGUCAGUGCCCAGCGGUUGUGCCAGUCAGUGCCGCCAGUCAGUGCCCAGCAGUGAUGCCAGUCAGUGCCGUCUAUCAGUACCCAUCAUCAGUGUCACCUAUCAGUGCCGCCUAUCAGUG